AAGGAAAGCAAUGCUUCCAAGAUGGCGGCGCCGGAGGUGCUAGAGUCAGACCUGCCGCUUGCACUGUCUCUUUUGAACAAUCUCCAGGAGCAGGUGGUGGCUGUAACUUCGCAAGUUCAAGCUCUGACAAAGAAAGUUCGGGCGGGCGCCUAUUCUACAGACAAAGGCCUUAGCUUAUUGGAGGUGAAAGACCAGUUGUUACUCAUGUACCUUAUGGACCUGAGCUACCUCAUCCUGGACAAGGCUUCUGGAAGUUCACUUCAGGAACAUCCUUCAGUCCUGAGACUGGUGGAGAUUCGAACGGUUUUAGAAAAGCUGCGUCCUUUGGAUCAAAAACUCAAAUAUCAAAUAGACAAAUUGGUGAGAACAGCAGUGACAGGCAGCCUCAGUGAAAAUGACCCACUUCGAUUUAAACCUCGUCCCAGCAAUAUGAUAAGCAAGUUGAGUUCUGAGGAUGACGAUGACCAAGAAACUGAGGAAGGACAGUCUGGGGUUUCAGGAAAGACCACAAAGGGAGCACCCAAGAAAUACAUCCCGCCUCGUUUGGUUCCAGUGCAUUAUGAUGAAACGGAAGCUGAGCGUGAAAAGAAACUUCUGGAACGAGCCAAGAAGAGGGCCUUGAGCAGCUCUGUCAUUCGUGAGCUCAAGGAGCAAUACUCUGAUGCCCCUGAAGAGAUCCGUGAUUCCCGGCACCCCCAUGCCACUCGCCAGAGCCAGGAGGAUCAGCACAGGAUCAAUUAUGAGGAGAGCAUGAUGGUACGUUUGAGUGUCAGCAAGAGAGAAAAAGGACGGCGCAAACGAGCACAUGCUAUGAGUUCCCAACUUCAUUCCCUCACACACUUCAGUGACAUCAGUGCCUUGACAGGAGGAACCCCUCAUCUUGAUGAGGACCAGAAUCCCAUUAAGAAGCGAAGGAAGGUGUCUAAGAAGGGUAGGAAGAAAAAAGGUUUUCGGAGGCGUCGGUGAUUUUCUCAUGUUUAUGUAUACAUGUAUCACCCUGGGAUUUUUAUGUUCCAUGGGGUUCUGCUGUUUAUAUUCAGUGGUUGCUUUGAAUACAUUUGUAGAACCAUUCUUAUUAAUAAAAUU